ACGAUGGUGCGGCCGGGGCUCUCCGCCGCUGUGGAAGAGCGGCAGAGAAAGCUCCAGGAGUACCUAGCAGCCAAGGGAAAACUGAAGUGCCAAAACAGCAAGCCUUAUCUGAAAGCCAAGAAUAAUUGCCCAAAUCCUCCUCCUUCUAAAUCUACGAUUAGACCCAAAAAGGAUGUUACCAACCGUGUUGCUUUGCCUGUCAAAGCUACAAGACCCAUCAGCAUUAACCGUCAGCCCAGACCUGCCAGUAUCCUAGUGUCCCAGAAGCCAAAGUUGGAGCCACCAAAACUUCUGGGCAAAAGGCUGCCUUCGGGAUGUGUUUCUUCUGAUCCAAACUGUAAGCCUUCCAGCAGUCACCAGCCAUGGCACAGAGCUGGAUCAUCCUCUGGAGAGCUGUCAAGGAAAACUGGGGGGUCACUUAAUAUCCAGGAACUGAAAGCUGCAAAGGGGACAGAUCAAGGAAAAGCUGCACAUACAGACUCUGUGGACAUUGUCCCUGGUGAGGGUGAGACCUUGCACAGCCCUGUAAACGAGGUGAACAAAGAGAAUGUGUCCCAAACCUUACUGGACUCUGAGAAGAUGCCACAUACUCAAUUGUGGACCAAAAAUAAACCAAAGAAUAGCUCUCAUAAUCAAACAAGGGGCAGUUUGGCCCCUAAACAAGACUUGGGUAAAAGUUUGUUGAGUCGUGCUGUUCUGCAGGACAGAGCAAACAAACAAGUUGGAGAAACACGAACCAGGAUUCUACCGGUGAAGUCACAGCAGCUCCCUAGAGGAGCAGCUCCUGUGCAACCAGGAGAAAAACCCCCAAGGACAGUUCCCUCUACAUUGGUUCAGACCCUUAGUAGGACUCAAGCAUCAAAGAAACCAGGGAUCAAGGAUAUGAAGGAUAUAAAUGUUAAUAGGAGCAAAUAUUUAAGACCAGGUGGAGCAAAGUUACAGUCACACACUGUAACUGAACAAAAAGUAGAACAUGCCAGACCCAGGACAAACCCCAGUCUACUUCAGGGAGGACCUGCUCACAUUAAGCAAGACCAGAAACUCACUCAACCUUGUUCUAGACCUCGGACGUCAUCUGUGCAGCAGAAAUCCAAAGCUCUGAGCCAAAGACCUAACCUGGCAGUUGGCAGCUUUACCUCAGUCAUUCCCAACACCCCAAGCAUGAAAGCAAUUACAGCCAAGGCGAAUAAACACAACAGCACCUGUCCACAGAAAACACAGACCCUGGACUCCAAAUUGAAAGGGGCUCUUCCCCAGAGCCAUUUUCUCAACAAGACAGCUCCCAAAACUCAAGCUGGUGGCACAGCCGUGAACAGAAGAGGAGUCCUGAAUGGUACGCAAACAAACCCAGAUGUUAGGAAGAAGGCCACAGCAGAGGAUCGAAGGAAACAGCUGGAAGAAUGGCAGAAAUCUAAGGGGAAAAUUUAUAAGCGGCCUCCAAUGGAACUUAAAACAAAAAGAAAAAUAAUAGAGGAAAUGAAUAUCUCAUUCUGGAAGAGCAUGGAGAAAGAAGAGGAAGAAAGGAAAGCACAACUUGAUCUGUCCAAUAAAAUUAACAGCACUCUGACCGAAUGUCUACAGCUCAUUGAAGGGGGUGUACUUUCUAAUGAAGUAUUUACCAUAUUGUCCAGUAUUCCUGAGGCUGAAAAAUUUGCUAAAUUCUGGAUCUGCAAAGCAAAGUUCUUGGCAAGUAAAGGCACCUUUGAUGUUAUCGGACUGUAUGAAGAGGCCAUUAGAAAUGGGGCCACACCAAUACAAGAGUUGCGGGAAGUUGUUCUUAAUAUUUUACAAGACCCGAACAGAACCAGAGACGGAAUUGCCCCUGACCCUUUGGUUGCUGAAACUAACAUACCAUCCAUAGAAGAGCUGGCCAGGGAUGUGGAAUCUGCAAGAGAGUCUUGUCUUUCUCCCAAAGAGAAAGACCAGGUUCCAGCAACACCCCAAGUAACCAAGUCAGAACAGGAUAAUCACCCUGGUAUCAAAUUACAGGUCGCCCCCAUCCCCAGAGUAAGCGGCAUGCCGGAGGUGCAGUCCAUGAAGCUGAUCACUCCCGUGCGGCGGUCGGCCAGGAUCGAGCGCGCCGUGUCCCGCUACCCGGAGAUGCUGCAGGACCACGACCUCGUGGUGGCUUCUCUCAACGAGCUGUUGGAAGUGGAAGACACAGAGUGUUUUGUAUUCCGUAAAAAUGAGGCUUUGCCUGUAACAUUAGGAUUUCAAAUCCUUGAAUCCUAAUUUCUUGAUGCUUUUUAUUAAAAAGGCAUUUCAGAGCCUCCAUGAGGCAAGAAAGGCCCUCGUCCAGCUGACCUGGACCGACUGUCGUGGACGCAGACUCGGGACUCGAAAAGGAGCUCGCGGGGCUCGCUCUCUACCUGUGUAUCCCACCGGAAGGCCUCCGGCUCCUCUGGAAGGUUGUAGUUGCCGGUUUUACAACAUACAGAAAUUUCACUCUGAGUGUAAAUUUACCCCGCAGGUAUGGUGAGGACACGGCAAGGUGGGUGCCGCAGUGUGGUAGACCUUCCUUCCUCAUCCACCCGAGUCCUCCCAGCAUGGACCUCUGAGCUUAGGUCAUAAGGGACGUGACAGGCCACCUGGAGUUUAUACUCACUAUGCGUUUGCUCAGAGGUCACAGAUGACAACGUGUGACCUUUGCCUUCGGUCACCGUGUCCUUGAGAUGGGUAAUUCACGCCCUUUCUGUG